CUGCAUUGUGAGAAUCCGCAAUAAAUUCUUCUCCUUAUUCGCUUAUUUCUUAUAUCAGUUGUGCGUAAUUGUAAAACCUCAGAAUAAGAAACCUCUGCAUUAACUCCCUCAAUUUUUUUGGACAAAUUUUACUUUCAAUGAUGAUUCAAUUCUUACUAUGCUCAACCAUGUCAGUAUUUAUUGCAAGAACCAGCUUGAAACUAGCUGAUUCUUGUCCUUCCCAUUCAGACUCACAUAGCCAUUAAUUUCCCUCUUCUCAUUUCAAUUCAUUGAGAUAACCCCUUCACAUGGCUUUCCUCAUCCAUUUGUGAAUUCGCUCUAAAAAAUUGAUGCGCUAAGAAAGGAUCUGGAUUUUGUUCUUUCACUCUUGGCCACUUGAGGGACUCUGCCUCUGGUAGCUAAAGUUGUGAGAUGGGAAGGACGCCUUGUUGUGAUAAGAAGGGGUUAAAGAAAGGGCCGUGGACAUCGGAAGAAGAUGAACUCCUUAUUAACUAUAUUAAGGAAAACAAUGGCCACGGUAGUUGGAGAUCGCUCCCCAAGCUUGCAGGUCUUCUACGGUGUGGGAAGAGCUGCCGUUUAAGGUGGACAAAUUAUCUAAGACCAGAUAUCAAACGUGGCCCCUUCACCCCCGAGGAAGAGAAGCUUGUUAUUCAGCUUCAUGGAAUUCUUGGAAACAGGUGGGCUGCCAUUGCUUCUCAACUGCCAGGAAGGACGGAUAAUGAAAUCAAGAACUUAUGGAACACCCACCUAAAGAAACGUCUUCUUUGCAUUGGCAUUGAUCCACAGACACACGAACCGUUCAACUCUCGCUGCUCAUCCUCUACAGCACCAGCAUCUCCAGCCACCCGCCACAUGGCGCAGUGGGAGAGUGCUCGGCUCGAAGCUGAAGCGCGGCUUUCAAGGGAGUCAUCUCUUUUCACCCCACUUCUCAUGGAUAGAACAACCGACUCUGACUUUUUUCUUCAAAUAUGGAACUCCGAAGUUGGCGAAUCAUUCCGUAGGUGCAGGGAAGACAAAACCACAUGCCAAAGCCAAAGCCCUCUAUCCUCAUCAGUUAAAUGUGAGUCGCUUUUCAUUGUUGCAACCCACGACAGAGUUGAUUACACCGGUUCCUCAGCCAUGGAAAGCAACAAUGAAAACGAAGAAACAGAAUACAAAAACUUCCAAUCCAUGACCGACAUCGUGAUGUCCAAAUCUGAUUCAUCCAGUGCAAACGAGUUCGAGGAGUCAUCGGAUAGUGCAUUAGGACUGCUUCUGGAUUUCCCCAUUAACAAUGACAUGAGCUUCUUGGAAGAAGACAACAGAAACACGCAGCAGCAUCUGCAUUAGUAGAUCUACUAAGAGCCUUAUUUCAUCAACUCUCUUCGAUGGGAUAAUGAUUCAAGUUUCUUUGGUAGUUUAGGUCCCAAGUUUUGUGGUUUAUUAGCAAAACUAUUUGGUAAGAUAACCAAUUUUUUGUGCUUUAAAGUGGAAGGAAGGUGUGUUAAAAGAAAGAGGUUGCAUCUCCAUUGCUACUUAUAAAAGCAAUUGAAAAGGGGAUUUUGGAUUUGGAUUUGGAUUUCUAGUGAGCAGCAAUUGUUCGGUAAGCAUGUAGAUAAGCAGAUAAUAUGGUUUUGAAAUCAGGGCCUUAUGAAUUAUGAUACACUGAUUAAUGUUAGUAUUUUACAUCUCUAUUCUAUCUAACUAACUAUCUAUCUAUCUAUCUAUUACAUUAUUUUA